AGACUUCGAUAAGAUCUGGCGUGAGCACUGUGAGGAUGAGGAAACUCUGUGUGAAUAUGCUGUGGCAAUGAAAAACCUUGCAGAUAAUCACUGGGCAAAAACUUGUGAAGGGGAAGGCCGAAUUGAAUGGUGUUGCAGUGUAUGCCGAGAAUAUUUUCAGAAUGGUGGGAAAAGAAAAGCACUUGAGAAAGAUGAAAAAAGAGCACUUCUUGAUUCUAAGACCACUCCAGCUUUAAGUGUUUCCCAGGCUCCCAAGAUUGAAGAUCCCUUAUCAAAGUUUGGCUUGACAAAUCAUGAAGCUAUAACAGAAGAAAUGCUCCACUCCUUGGGGAAGAUCAGAUUACUUGAUGUCGGUAGCUGCUUUAAUCCAUUUCUGAAGUUUGAAGAAUUUCUGACAGUUGGCAUAGAUAUUGUUCCAGCUGUCGAGAGCGUAUACAAAUGUGACUUCUUAAAUCUUCAAAUUCAGCAACCUCUCCAACUGGCACAAGAUGCUAUAGAUGCCUUUCUUAAGCAACUGAAAAAUCCCAUUGAUUCUCUACCUGGAGAACUGUUUCAUGUCGUCGUUUUCUCUCUCCUCCUUUCUUACUUUCCAUCACCCUAUCAACGAUGGAUAUGCUGUAAGAAGGCACAUGAACUUCUCGUAUUAAAUGGCUUAUUGCUUGUGAUAACUCCAGAUUCAUCUCAUCAGAAUCGCCGGGCUAUGAUGAUGAAAAGCUGGAAAAUUGCUAUAGAGUCCUUGGGUUUUAAACGCUUCAAGUAUUCCAAGUUUUCUCACAUGCACCUGAUGGCAUUUAGGAAAACUUCCCUGCAAACAACAAGUGACUUAGUUAGCAGAAACUACCCAGGAAUGUUGUAUAUCCCACAGGAUUUCAACAGUAUAGAGGACGAAGAGUAUUCCAACACGUCCUGCUAUGUUCGAUCAGACACAGAAGAUGAACAGCUAGCCUACGGUUUUAUGGAGCUCCCUGAUGCUCCUUAUGACUCAGACUCUGGAGAAAGCCAGUCUAGUUCAAUUCCUUUCUAUGAGCUAGAAGAUCCUAUAUUGCUUCUAAGUUAAUGUAGUCAUUGAAAUGACCUUUCAGUCAAACCUCUUGCUUAACUAAUUUUGCUAUACUAACAUGGGCUCAACACACAAAAAUGGUUUGCAUAAGGAAAAUGCAAAGGUUUACAGAGUUUGCUAUUUUUUUCUACUUUUGAAUUUUAAAAUUUAUUCUUGUAUGAAAGUGAAAAAAUACAAGUUUUAUGCAGAUGACUCAUGUCAUAGCAUAAAUUGCUGUUACUUUAUUUAGAUGUAUAUCACUAAUUUUUUUCCCAGAAAGGUACCAUUAUUUUCUUUAGUGCUGUGAAGUGUGAGUUCUGUUUCAUUUGCUACAUGUUGUUUCAAUAUUUUAACUCAAUGUGGUUGAGCUUAAGGCACUGGAGUUGGUGAGCUUCUGAGAAGUAUAUGUAGGAAGAAAUAAUUUGCACUUUAAUUAAAUGUGCAGAUAGGUUAAGACACUUGGUUACACAUGUCCCUUCAUAAUUAUGGAACAAAGCUUUUUUCCAAAAUUUGUUUCACUCUGGUUAAGCCUGGGCUGGAGAAACUAUAAUGCUUGCACAUUUGAUUUUGUUUAUUGCAGCCCUCUUGAGAUUACACCAAAUCGAGAUAACACCAAAACACUGGAAUAUAUUCAUCCAUAGUUACACAUACUGUAUAAUUUCAUUGCAUAAAUGGUAGUUAGAUACAAGUUUUCUGAAGAGGUUAUCCCUCCCCAGAGGAGUAUGGUACGUAUAGACAAUUAUGUUUCAUUUUAAAGCUGGAACAUGGUUUGCAGUUGUAUGAGUGCACAAGCACUGACGUGUAUCAGUAUUUCCCCAAUGAUGGUGUUCUGUAUUCUCUUCAAACUGU